GCGGCCUCCUCCGAAGAGAACAGUUGAGAGAGACUCGAUCUCGGCGCAGCACUGCCAUUCCCGUGUGUCCAUCACUUCGGCUGAAUAUCGGCGGCGAUGCUCUUGCUCGUUGCCCACUAGGCAGGCGAAUCGCACUAGAACUCACAGGUGUCCGCGUCGGCCGAAUCAAAGAAGAAGAAUCGAGCCAGCAUGUUGCGUCGCGCUCAGGUGUUGCUGGUGUUGUGGUGCACGGUGGUCGCCUCCCUCGCCACCUCUACGCCCGCCGCAGUGCCGCGGCUGGAUCUGCUGAGCCUGGAGAGCGGCUAUCACGGCAUCGUCAAGGAGAAUGAAACUCUGGUCGAGGUGACCCCCAGGAUCAGGGGCGUCGAUGCCCCCAUCUGCAACUUCCGCAUCGUCAACAAGCACCACGGCGAAGCGCCCUUUGAGAUCAUCCUGAAAGACCAGGAAAAGGGUGAAGCCGAGCUUAGGGCGAAGAAGACCCUAAACUGCGAGAAGAGAAAAAACUACAAAUUUGACAUCGCGGCUGUCAGUUGCAGUGGCGAGCAGAGUGAAAAUGCAACCGUCCACAUUUCUGUGGCCGACAUCAAUGAGUACGCGCCCGCCUUCCUGGAGCCGAGCUACGUGCGCCAGGUUGACGAGGGCAGGCUGUACGAGGAGGUGGUCCGCGUGGAGGCGUCGGACCGCGACUGCACGCCCAAAUUCGGCGACGUGUGCAAGUACGAGAUCCUGACGAGCGACCAGCCGUUCAUCAUCGACAAUGAGGGUGUCAUCCGCAACACGGAGCCGCUGGACUACGAGCGCAGCCACAACCACAUCCUCACCGUGGUCGCGUACGACUGCGGCAUGAAGCAGAGUGUGCCGGUCAUGGUCACCAUCAAGGUCAACCGCGUCUGCAAACUCGGCUGGAAGGGAGUGCCCGAGCGCAUCGACUACGCGCCCGGCACCGGCCGGGAGGAGCUGUUCCCCGACGCCGAGCUGGACCUGUGCGACGUGCCCUGCAAUGUGAGGACGGUCGAGUCGCGAGUCUCUCUGCAGACCAGCCACAUUGGCAAAGGCUGUGAUAGAGACACCUACUCUGUGCAGAGCCAGAGGAAACUUUGUGGCGCCAGCACCGAGAGUAUUGAUCUGUUGCCCAAUCCUGGUCUGGGAACAGAAUGGACGAAAAAUCUGCCCAGCGACGAUGGCCACGAGUCGGACCAAAUCUUUGAAUUUGAUGGCAACACAGCUGCCGUCGUACCCAAUUCCGUCUUGGAAGAAUCCUUGAGCCGGACUUUCACUGUCGCUACUUGGAUGAAGCACAAGCAAAGCCCUGAUAAUGACCACCACACCAAGGAACACAUUAUUUGCUCUGCAGAUGAUCACAAGAUGAACAGGCAUCAUUAUGCCUUGUUUGUGAGGAAUUGCAGGCUCAUUCUUCUGCUCAGAAGAGACUUCAGCGAGGGCGACCUCAACAUCUUCCGCCCAGCUGAAUGGAGAUGGAAACUGCCCCAGGUGUGCGACAAUGAGUGGCAUCACUACGCGGUUUCUGUCCAAUUCCCAGACAUCCAACUGUUUGUCGACGGACAGGAAUUCAAGUCUGAGAAGAAAAACCCCGAAAUCAUCGAUGACUGGCCUCUGCACCCGACCAAGGGCAUCAACACCACUUUCGCUGUGGGCGCCUGCUGGCAGGGCUCAGACGGAAAGAUGAAGCACUACUUCAAGGGCUACCUGGCAGGUUUGUCUGUCCUCUUGCACAAGAACGAGCGGCCUGAGGUGCUCGCCUGCCUGCACAAGUGCAAGGAGAGUCUUGAAGUGCCCGCCAUGGAGUUACUUGAGCCCGGCAUGGAGCUGCUGACCAACAGCGACCUCACGGAGAUGACGAUCGAGGGUGACAACAAGACCAACCUGGAGGUGCUGCUGCGCAAAGUGGGCUACAUCAACCUGAGGGAAUUCCCGACGCCAGGCCGCAGGAAUGUGCACAUCUCGACGACCAUCACGUGCGAGCGUGGCAGGCCAGUUAAGGUGCCCGCCGUGGAGAGCUACGUGCAGGUGCUGCAGCCGCAGCAGCCCACCAUCGAGGUCAACGGCACCGGAAACGUAGCACGCGAGUACGAGGACUUCAGGCUUGGCGUCCGCGUCUUCACUGACGUCCACAUCACCGUCACCGGCGACAAGGACAACAACAAGGAGUGGAAGAAGGGCGAGCCGAUGACAGUGAUCGAGAAGAAACUCGACUCGUGCACGGUCUCGGUCUACCCACCACUUAACCCUGACCACGAAACGCUCACCCUGCCAAGUAACAUGAUGGCUCAGUUUGGAAUCGUCGCCAAGGUCAGCAGGGAUGGAGUCGUCGUUUCCGGCGCCGACAUGAUUUAUAAUUACGAACAGGUCCUGAGACAAAUUCAGUACACCAACAAGAAGCCGGCCUACUACUUGAACCGCGUGUUCAAACUGCUCUGCUCCGAGCUCAACGGCCGCUUCACCAGCAAUGAAUACGUCCAGACCCUCACUGUGAUCCAUCCUCGCUCUCCAAACAAACCUGACGCUACUUCCGACCCGCUUCCUGAGGUCACAAGCCAACCAGUGGUCAAGGAGGUGGACAGUGUCAUUGUUGAGGCAUCCGUUGCCCCAGCCCACGCCAAGAUGGACAGGCACCACGCCGAAUUGAAGCCUGCUCAGACCCUGAACGACAUCUACUUGGGAGACACCCAGAGCGUCGUUGCCACAGGCAGCCAUGCCGUCACGAUCAUCAUCGUCGUGUGCGUCGGCUUCCUGGUCUUCAUGAUUGUGCUGGGCGUGAUCCGCAUCAGGGCUGCCCACCACCGCAGCCAGCAGGAAGAGACGGCCGACACGGAGAUGGCGUGGGACGACUCGGCCCUCACCAUCACCGUCAACCCCAUGGAGCUGGCCGACACGCACCGUCCCAAGACCGCCGCCAACCAAGCAGGGCCGCAGGUGGCCCAGAGCGGCCACGUGCCCAAUGACUCGUCUGACGAAGACGAGGACGACGAUUCUAGUUAUCGGGAUGAGCUCGACUCGAGCGACGACGAUGACGACGCCGACGUGGCAAGCAACAAGAAGAGCAAGGACCUCGAGUGGGACAACUCGACUCUAUCCAUCUAGAGGUCAUGUUAGGUGGAUCGGGAACUUGGAGGAGUUGCCAGAUUUCACGCCACUCAUGCAAGUUCCUUAGUUUUAAGAAUAAGCAGUCUAUUUGAUUAGGCGCUACUGCUUGUCUUACUUGGUUGAUCCACUGAGGGUCCAACACUCUCUUAGUGCCAUAGAAUAGUCAGUCUGUCCCUGAUUUAGCCAUGCCAGUGCCAUUCUUGGCCCAACUUUUGGUUUUUUGCUCGAUUGUGAUGGCUUCAAUGUACUACUGAUUAGUUGUAAUUGGUUUUUGGAUUAAUAUUAUGCAUAUCAGCUCGGCAGCCAUUAUAAAGUAAUUCUCUCUCUAUCUCUCGUCACGAUGCCUUGAAAAGGCAAAACGUAAGUUCUUACUUAUUUUUGGAAACAAUUCCUACUCUUCAUUUUUGUUAAUUGCGCAAGGCUGCUUUGGCAUUAUUUAGCAUUUUCUGUCCUUGUUGAUCCUCGAGCACAACUCUGCACACGAAUCAAAUAUUAAAGGAGUAAAAUUUGAAGCUUCAAUUGGCCCCCGGUUAUUUUUAUAAUAUAUAAAGCAACACACAUACACAAACAAAACGACACUCUUAAACACUUGUACACUCUAAAAGUGGAGAAGGAGCUUAUUCGGUUGUUGAGACGGACAGCACUUGUAACUAAAACCGUCCAUUUUUUGCUUAACUAGCGCUGUCUUGUUUUUCUGCUAAUUUUUCUCUUACAAGCUUAACCGAAAAAACAAACAGAGUACGAUACUAAUUGAUUUCACUUACUAUAGUUUUAAGGUAGCAGUUGAAUACUUAUAUUUUGAGUAACGACGCAAAUUGAUGAGAGUCAGGCGCAGUCAUUGAAGCUUUGAACUUUACACAUCUCGCAGGAGGUCUACUUUAAUUCACUCUUUUGGACUUUUGCUUCUGAAAAACAAUUCUUCGCGCGGGGCCCUCGGCAGCUCUCCCACCGCACAUCUCUCGAAACACUCGCGGCUGAAGCGUUUAUUAUUUGGGCGCCAAAUUCAAGAAAAGCUCACAAAGACCAAUUUUCUUCCAGGGCUUUCAAUCAAUUUGACGCUCCGUCAUGAUUUCCUAUCAAACUAUUACCUUUCGCGAGUGUUUCCCGAGAAAAAGCAAAAACGAAAAUGCGUCCAGAUGAGAAACUAUCGAGGGCCUCGAAACCGGCGUCUCGUUGACACCGGCAAAAGAAAGAAAGGCGCUCGUCUGUUUAAUAAUCUAAUUUAGGGUGUGGGAUAAUAACUUAAAUAAGUGAAUUAUAAAUAACUACUUAGUGGUGAGAUGAAUUUAUAUAAACACACACACACACACGACACGACACACCUAAUUGGAUUACUUACCGGCAUAUUAUAUAUUAUAUAAUACUACAUUUGAACACACACGCGCGCGUUUAUGAUUAUAUACUAAUAAUAAUAUUUAUAGACUGCUGUUUUUAUUUGUGUACACUCUAAAAAGAAUAGGCUAACCUAGCGGGCUUGCCAAGAAUAGCACUCGAAUAAACUAAUCAAUCACUCCACUCUCUUUCUCACUUAACAAGCAGAAUUAAAGAAGCCACCCCCGGAAGUUUUUAUGAACAUUCCAGCAUGAGAGGGGCGGCUUGAGCACAAAUCGCUACUCUUUCGAGGCCACCCCUCUCGGCUUAAAAAUCGAUCGGUGUUAGGAGUCGAGCGGUGGGUGAAAGUACUCACGCGCACUCGGUUAAUUAAUGAUUACGGUUACUUCAUUAAUUACACAAUGUGUCCGUUGAUGUUUCGAUUGUCCACUUGGUGUACUUAAAGGUAAUGCGUAUUAUAUACACUUAUGGAAAUGAAUAUUAGUCGAAAGAAUUAUUUUUUAAAGUGACUCAGGAAGUUGAAAAAAAUGGAUAAAAUUUGACACGAAAAGUAUUCCCAGUUGAAAAAAGACACCCAGUUGCUUAAGUACGUUGUAAUAAAACUAAGGUUAAAUGAAAAAAAUACCGAAAAGAGAAAGAGAAGAUAACACGUGUAUUAGAAGAGAAACUGCCUGUUUGUUUGUAUAUUUAUGGACGGGUGUAGGCGAACACACAAAAUUCCUCAAUUGUUGCAAGUAAACACACACCAUACUUUACAUAGAGAAACACACACUCAAUCUUUUUCAAGCAGGAGAAAUUGUACGUUUUGUGGAAUCAAUAACGAUGAUAAUAAUAACCUAACCCCCUCUGUGCAAUAUCAAGUGUGAUUUUUUAACUAUUUGGUCUGGUCGCCGGUGGAUUGCGUUUUUUCCUUUACAUAGAUUAACAGUAUUUUUUCUCUGCCGUAUUAUAAUAUACAUUUUUAAUUGUAUAACGACAUACACUAAGGUAUUAAUUGAAUUGCUGUAACAAACACACCUUUAUCCUAACUGACAACAAUGUAAAAUCCAUUAUCUACAAAUAAAAAGCCUUACACCCAGUAUAAGGUACAAAAAC